CAAUGCACUAUGCAGCCAUCCACAUGAUGUGAAAAGAAAAAAUCAUCAUUGACACAUGCAUCAGUAAGCUGUGGGUGCCCAUGAUCCUGUUGUCAGUUCACUGGUUGUCCUUCCUUGGUGCAGUUUUGGUAGGUACUAAUCACUGCAUAUUGUGAACACCCCUCAAGACAUGCUUUUUUGGAACAGCUCUGACCCGGUCAUCUAGCCAUCACAAAUUUGGCCCUUUGGUCAAAAUCACCCAGGUCCUUGCAUUUGCCCAUUUUCCUGCUUCUCACACAUCAAAUUCAUGAACUGAAUGUUCAGCUGCUACCAAAAUAUCCCACCCUAUGGCAGGUGCCACUUUAACAAGACAAUCCAAGCUAUUCACUACAACUCUCAUUGGUUGAAAUGUUAUGGUUGGUUGGUGUAUAUGUACGCCUAUAGAGAGCUUGGCAUCAAUAGGUCCUUUGUGGACACUAAGUGCACACUAAUCCUCAUCCAUCUCCUAAAUCUCUCACAUGCUAGCUCUAAGCACCACACCCUGGAACAUCUGCAGACUAAUGAAUGGAUGAAAGGGAUGAAAAUGAAAGCCUACACCAACACACAUGUAUCUCAAAUGACUAAAUAUGUUUAGAAUAAUAUGAAUAUUUUCCACCAUAGCGAACACUUGGAGGAUUUAUGAAACGUACCAUGUGUUAAGAGAUCAGUUUUAUUAAUAGCAAGAAAGCUUAGAGGAGCUGAAAAUGGCCAGCCUUAUGCAAUUAGCCUUGCCAGGGGACGUCACGUCCCAGUGUUCACGCGCUCUCCCAUUCAGAAAAGCAUAACGGUAACAAAAAAUACCACUUUAUUAUGAAUGAUGAUAUGAAUGAAUGAAUGCUAUUCGGGUUUAAUUGCAUGUCCAACGCGCACAGCUGAAACAAAAGCAGCCCAGUGGGAAUUAAAAUCGCCAUCAAGCAUAAGCCAUCUAUUAGCGGUGACUAACGCCGUUUAAGCGGCUGAUGCUAUAAAUGCGCUCGCACGCGCCGCACCGCUGGUCACUUUCCACACGCGCGGCGCUCGGGACGGUCACGCGCUCUUGCUGGACACAACACUUAAUAGCACGGUCAAAAAAAAAAGCUUAUAAGGGUAGGUAGGCUUGCUGGAGAGUAACGUGAAACCAUGUCCACGGUGAGCACGCUGCCGUUCUUCAAACCCCUCCACGCGUCCGUGUCUCCCGCGAGACAGCGGCGUCACACACUUCCGGCCAGUGAGUUCCGCUCCCUCAACACCGAGGACGCGAUCAGUGUGUUCGAGAUCGAGAGAGAAGCGUUUAUCUCCGUGUCUGGCGAGUGUCCACUGCACCUGGAUGAGGUGCGUCACUUCCUCACCCUCUGCCCCGAGCUGUCCCUUGGCUGGUUUGUGGAAGGCAGGCUCGUCGCCUUCAUCAUUGGCUCGCUGUGGGACCAGGAGCGUCUGACCAAUGAAGCUUUGACCCUUCACAAACCUCACGGUACCACGGUGCACAUCCACGUGCUGGCGGUGCACCGUACGUUCCGGCAGCAGGGCCGCGGUUCCAUCCUGAUGUGGCGCUACUUGCAGUACCUGCGCUGUCUGCCGUACGUUCGCCGUGCCGUGCUCAUGUGCGAGGAUUUUCUCGUGCCGUUCUACCAGAAGUCCGGCUUCAAGGUCCAGGGCCCGUGUGAGAUCACGGUGGGGCCGCUGACGUUCAUUGAGAUGCAGUACGCAGUGCGCGGUCACGCCUUCAUGCGCCGCAAUAGUGGCUGCUGAGUUGACGCAGUUACUCCUUUCGUUACCCCAGAUGCCAAAGCAGGGUGGAGUGAGAGGCUUAUUCUGGCGGGGAGGUUUUGUCACAGCUUCUGCUUCGAGUAUAGCUUCCGUCUGUGGUGUCUAGGUGUUUGUCCACAUUUGUAAAUGGGAAUUUGAUUUAAAAAAAAUAAUAAUUAAAGGAGGGAAUGAAAAGAAAUAAACCAUCCAUCGGCAUGUUUCACCUGUGUAACACCUGGAUUCAUGUUGAUACAGUUUUUGUCUUUAUUCCAUAUCCAUAUGAUCCACAAGGCGUUAUUCAUGUUCUUGUCAUUGACAAAUGUUGUGUAUCUCACUGGAGCACUUUUGCUUUAUUUUUCUAUUAUGUUUUUUUUUUUAACGUAACCUGUUCAGUAUCAGAAAGGAGGCAACGGUGGUAGGUAGAGGAACACACCAUGUGGAAUGACAUGGUUUUAGGGGUGGAUGAUAUGGUAGAAAUAUUACAUUGUGGUGUAUAGUUUAACAAACAAACAGCCAGAAUAAGCUUGAUAGCUGAAACCCCCCCCCCCCUCAAAACAGAGCAUAACAAAUAACAAUGCAGUCAGUGUUAGAGACUCUCAGAAAUAUACCACCAUAUCAGUAGUGUAUGGUCAUAUCACCCUGUCUAUAUGGUGUAUAUGUGAAGUUUUAAGUCGUAUGUGGCGAUAUUUCAGCCUUGUCGUUGAGUGUCUUUGUGGUUGCUCUAGAUGUUUGUUUUGUAAAAGCAUUAAAGCAGCAUUGACCUGACAUCCUGCUACUGUACUCUCUUCUAAUCGGACACAGAGAACGAUCCUGUUCAGCUAGCUUUCUAUGAAGGAUGGAGUGGUCUGAAAGAUAAUAUAGACCCUGAGGAAUCUGCUUAGAAUUUUUUCCACACAUCUGAAACGAUUUUAUGGAACAAAAGUCACUUGCAUUUAAAAGUUAACCAGAGAAAUUCUUUGCUUGGAAGGACACAUGAGGACUGAACACAGCAAAGGCAUAUUUAGCCACAGCGAUUAACUGUUGCUAAGGUGGAGGCGGCUUGAUCUGCAUUAGACAGCGUUACAGGCAGGUUUUGGUUCCAAAAACCCGUACAAGGAACGGGUUUUGAAUCCAUUAUUCAAAAGGUCAAGUUAAAUGCGUCCGAUAUUUAUCCCCCCCCCCCCUUAAUUAUUUUGGAUAUAACUGUUGCAGUACACAUCCACCACCUUUGCCUCUGUGGAGUCUUGAAUCAAGACAUCUUUGAUUUUG